CAUCAAAUUCUCUCAAUGUGUAAGCCUAAAUAUAGUCAUGUGUGAUCUUGUUUGAUUUGUCUUAACAUAUAGAUUAUUAAUAUAUAAUUUCUAUAAUUUUUUAAUAUACAAAUUACAAGAUAAAAUGGAUUAAAGAAGUGUAUUGGAUGGUGUGUAGAAAUAAAAGUGGACAAAUACUCUGGGACGGAGGGAGUAUUUUUUAAUCCAAUGAAAAAAGACAGAAUCUUUUGGUGCGGAGUAUGCAUUUCUUGAGGUUAUAUAAAACGCCAAUUUCUGAAUUCACAUUUGCCAAAAGCCGUAACAUUUCCCAAUAAAAAUACUUUCUCCCAAUCUUUCUAUCUGCCACAAAAAAAAAAAGUAGAAAAAGAAAAAAAAGAAGAAGAGAGUUUUCUUUGGAUUUUCAGGCAAGAAGAUCAUGUGUGGCGGUGCUAUAAUCUCCGAUUCGUUACCGUCCAGCCGGUCCUCGCGCCGGCUCAUCGCCGAUCUGCUAUGGGAAUCCUCCGAUCUGAGCCGCAACGGCAAGAAGAAGAAGAAGAACUCUUCUUCUGGAAGCGUCUACUCCAAGCCCCUGCGCGCCGAUUUCUUCGACGUUGACCAAGAGUUCGAGGCCGAUUUCCAGCAUUUCAAGGAUUACUCUGCCGGCGAGGUCGAGGAUGUGAAUGUCAAGCCGAUUGCUCUCCCGGCUUCAAAGCCAUCCGUACUCCCCACUGGCUCCUCCGACUCGGUUUCAACUAAUGAUGCUGAAAAAACAUCGAAGAGGAAGAGGAAAAACCAGUACAGGGGAAUCAGACAACGCCCAUGGGGAAAAUGGGCUGCUGAGAUUCGUGAUCCGAUGAAAGGUGUUCGCGUCUGGCUUGGGACUUUCAACACUGCAGAAGAAGCUGCAAAAGCGUACGAUAUAGAGGCCAGAAAAAUCAGGGGCAAAAAGGCGAAGGUUAAUUUCCCCGACGAAGAAACUCCCCUUCCUCUCAAGUCUGAUGUUCAAAAAUCAAAAACUGUUGGGAAGCAGGCUAGCCCUGUGGAGGUGGGCCCACAGCCGGACAUGUAUCUCAUGAACAAUAUAUUGGACAAUAAUGCUUACUAUGAACAGGCGUCUUCCCAGGACAAGAAACCAUAUGAGUUCAACAUGGAUGCUUAUCCUGCUAGAGGAAAUAUGUGUUAUACCCCCAACCUCUACUUCAACUCUGAGGAAGGUAGCAAUUCCUUCGGGUGUCCUGAGUUGGGAGGGUGGGUAGACCCUAAUCCAACGACUCCCGAAAUAUCCUCUGUAUUGUCAGCCGUGGUGGAAGCUGACGAAGCUCAAUUUGCAGAGGCCAAACCGGAACAGAAAAUGAAUUUGCCCUGUGAUGAUGAUGAACUAUCUGCCCUUGAAGCUGAGAUGAAGUUCUUCGAGGCUCCAUCGUAUUCUGAGGCGAACUGGGGAACUUCUGUUGAUGACAAUUUGUUCCUUAAUGGAAAUGCUAUGCUGGAUCUGUGGGCAUUCGACUAUGUGCCAUCUUUAUUACCAGGGAACACCAAUGGAUUCUAAGGAAGCAGCGACUCCUCUGCUCCUGCCCUCUGCCAUUUCUCCUCAAUAAUAAUAAUAACAAUAAGGCCUUCAUGUGAGUAAAGCUUUCGAUUACUGUGUACCAUCGUGUGUGGUUGUAGGGUUUUAUCUGUUUACAUGUGAUUAUAGGGGAGUAAAUAUGUUCUGUGUUUUAAUGAAAACUCGCAAGACUCUUUAAAUCAAUGCUUGUUUAAACUUUUCAUGUUGUUUAAACUUUUCAUGAUGUCUGUAUGGAUUAUGAUAAACCAAAGUAUUAGAACUUUUGAUGAUGUUUGAACAUUGCUAUUAAUGUGUGUGUGUUUAUACAAAUUGCAAAUUACUGUCAUUUAUGAUUUAUGUUGCUCAUAUUUGAUGAAUCUGUUCUUCAUUUCAUAAUUAGGCUAUGUUUGGCACUCUGAGCUAAGCUUAUGGGCUAGCUUUCUUUUUUUGCUAAUGAAGCUUUUUGAACAAGUUGUGUUUGAAGACCUUCUGGCGUCUUUUGUCUGCGCCGCGCAGACGCGCGCAGAUGAUGGGCUCUGCAGAUUGUUUGUUUUUUGGAAGACAUUUCACUCAAAAAGGUCUUCCUGGCAUCUUCUUGGAGAAGACAUUAACCAAUGUCUUCUAACAUCUUCUCCCU